UGCCUGCACCCCAGGAAUGGGAACCCCAGUAACCUGGCUGCUGCUUCUCCUGCACCUCACAGCUGGGACGUCUGCAGAACCGCACUAUGUGGUGGUGAGCCCAGCCGAGCUCUACCACCCGCACACGGGGACGGUGUCAGUUCAUCUCAGCGACCUCAACGAGACCGUCUGGGUGAGCGUCCGGUUGGAGAGGGGGGAUGGGCCCAGCGCUAUCACCCUGCUGGAGAGAGAGGUCCAGGAGCCCCGUCUGCACGAGAAUGUGCGCUUCCAGGUUCCAGCCCCGUCCGGGGGGCAGCAGGAAGUGGCAGAGCUGCACGUCUCGAUCCGGGGAGAUGCCCUGCAGUUCUCUGAGCGGAAGAAAGUGCUGCUGCGGGUGCUGCAGCCCAGGACCUUUGUGCAGAUGGACAAGGCAAUCUACAAGACGGGACAGACAGUGAAGUUUCGAAUCGUCAGUUUGGACAAAGACUUCGUUCCCAGUACCCAGAAGUUGCCCCUGGUGACCGUGCAGGAUCCCAGCGGGAACCGCAUUGCCCAGUGGCGAGAUGUGACUCCGCAGCAGGGCAUCGUGGAUCUGUCCCUCCCGCUGUCUGCAGAGCUGGCCCUGGGGACGUACGCCAUCGAGGCGCAGGGGACGAGGCACUCAUUCAGCGUGGAGGAAUACGGUGCGCAGCGGGACCCAGGGCAGCGACUGAGGCUGUGGCUCCGGCACGUGGGGCAGGAGGGGGAUUCCUGA